UGCCUUGACAGGAACUAAUGGGGAUCCAUAAUAAAUACAAAUAAACCCUAAAAGGCCAUCUAGCCAUGAGCUCAUUUGAAAGACAAUAACAGGGAAUUUCUCUAAUCUCAUAUUCAGCCUGCCACCUUCCAGCAAACCUCAGCCAGUCAGAGGCUGCAAGCUAUUUUAGUUGUUUAUAUAAACAUCUUAUGAUUUGUUGUGAUUUUUAUUGUAUUUGCCCAUUUUAAAAUAAUACAACCACACGUGGACAUAAUGCAUUUACAAGCAUUGAGGAUGACAAAAAACGUGAUACAUCUAAUAAUUUACAAUUUAAAUUGAUGAAUGAUGUAUUGAAUAUACCAAAAAUAGCCUACAUUUUUGCCAUUAAUUUAGCAUACAAUAUGUUUGAGGCAAUACAAACAGUUAUUUUCUAGCAAUAAAUUACACUCCCAAAACUGCUUCACCCAUUUGAAGAGAGGUGUUGAUGACUAUGUACAGUAGGUGGCGGCACCUCUUAAACACCACAGAAGAAGCCGAAAAGCAUCAACAGGAAGUUCUUUGUUACCAUCCUCUAUCUAGUUUUCAAACCAAAUACAAUUCUACAGGAUCUUUCUGAUGUAAGAUUAGUCUACACGAGACGUUUGUUUGUCAGGACUUAAAUCCAGUUUUGAUAUUUAAAAGGACGUUUGAUUGCGCUGGUCUAACUGUUCUUUAUCUGAACGCCGUGACAAAGUAACUACCGUACACAUUUAGUGUCAUGUUUUUUAUUUUAAGAAACGUUGAAGAAAGAAUUGCUUCCACGAUGGAUCGGAGAGGUGUUUAUCUCUGUCGGUGCGGCGCAUGAAGAAGCCCGGUGGCUGAACCGACUCUGACAACAUAUCCCAAGAGAGCUAUGUUUCCUUGAAACAGAAUGUUACCAUCUCUGAUGUCCCUCUGGAAGGCAACUGGACAUUGGCGAGUAGUAUACUCGGAAACGGUGGGCAAAGUACACGCCUACGGCGCCUGACCAGGAGGCCGCUCAGUCCGCCUUUUCUGCGGCAACAUUGUUUUGGGUCGGCUUCUGGGAUUAGAUCCACUGUCCUGGGUGGUGGUCCGAACUAAGGAUCCGCUUCGGGAAAGUCGUAUUCCUGGUCGUAAUGUUGGACAGAGCUAGUCCGUCCCCCUCCAACCUGCCGGAGUCCCCUGGUCACAACUCUCCUGGUAGCGCCUUACUGCUGGGUCUGAAGAGGGUGUCUGUGCGGCUGGUCGACUGCAGGAAAACACCAGGGCAGAGUGGAGCUGUGAGUAAAGGACACGAGGAGGGAGAUGGAGAUCUGAUUUCAUCAAGGGACUCUCCUCACCGUUGCUCUCUCAGUGGGAGGGACUUAUCAUCUGGGGAGCUUCUACAACAACAUGUUGCUGACGAGGCAGAGAAGAGUGUCUCCCAAUCAGAACACCUCAAACACCAGCACAGACGUACAGGGAAGAAAUCUCACCACAGCUGCUCUGACUGUGGGAAGAGUUUCACUACACGGAGGUCCUUCAUAAUUCACCUGCGUAUUCACACCGGAGAGAAGCCUUAUCACUGUGAUCAGUGUGGGAAGUUCUUUGCUCGAGCUUCCAACCUGACUACACACCAGCGAACACACACAGGAGAAAAGCCUUACAGCUGUGAUCAUUGUGGGAAGAGUUUUGCUGCAUAUAACACCUUUAAAUAUCAUCUGAGAAUUUAUGAAGGGGAGAAGCCUUACCCCUGCCUUGAUUGUGGGAAAAACUUUGUUAAUGCAGGAUCCCUAACCAUACACCAGCGUGUACACACAGGAGAGAAGCCUUAUAGCUGUGAUCAGUGUGGGAAGAGCUUUGCUGUAGCUUCCACCUUGAUUAGACACCAGCGAACACACACUGGAGAGAAGCCUUAUAGCUGUAAUCUGUGUGGGAAGAGCUUUGCUGUAUCAGAUAAACUAACUAUACACCAGCGCAUACACACAGGAGAGAGGCCUUAUAGCUGUGAUCAGUGUGGAAAGUGCUUUGCUUUAGCUUCCACCCUGAAUAAACACCAGCGAACACACACAGGAGAGAAGCCAUAUAGCUGUGAUCAGUGUGGAAAGAGCUUUGCUCGAGUUUCCACCCUGACUAUACACCAUCGAACACACACUGGAGAAAAGCCUUAUAGCUGUGAUCAGUGUGGAAAGAGCUUUGCUUUAGCUUCCACCCUGACUGCACACCAGCGAACACACACUGGAGAAAAGCCUUAUAGCUGUGAUCAUUGUGGAAAGAUCUUUGCUGAGUCAGGGACCCUGAAUACACACCAGCGAACACACACUGGAGAGAAGCCUUAUAGCUGUGAUCAUUGUGGAAAGAGCUUUGCUGAGUCAGGGACCCUAAUUUCACACCAGCGAACACACACUGGAGAGAAACCCUAUGUCUGUCUAUGUGGAGAGAGCUUUGCUCGUUUAGGGCAAAUGAAAAAACACCAGAAAGCUCAAAUUUGCCAUAUUUCAUCUCCCUCCUAUCCGGACUGUUCCAGAUCCCUAAAUAAAGGAUCAAUAGAAAACAUCUAGUGAACAGUCAUAUCCAUCUCCCAUUCUUAAACAGUUGCCUCAGUCGGAUCACCAUGGUAACCUCUGUGCAGCAUAAUAUGCAGCUCUGAUCUAGGAUCAGGUCUCCACUGUGUCUAUGUAAUAUCACACAUUGAUCUAUAUGGAUAAAUGUUAUCAUAGGAAAUGUCAUAGUGAACCUGUGGGGGGAGGGGGGAUGUUGAUAAUUGUAUCUUCUUUCAUAUACUUAUGACACUAUUAUUAUUAUUCAAAUGUCAUUAUGUAGAAUGUUUCAACAAUAGGUGUAUAUUGGGCGGCAGUUAGCCUAGUGGUUAGAGCGUUGGGCAAGUAACCGGAAGGUUGCUGGAUCGAAUCCCAAAAUGACAAGGUAAAAAUCUGUCAUCUGCCCCUGAACAAGGCAGUUAACCCACUGUUCCCCGGUAGGCUGUCAUUCUAAAUAAGAAUUUGUUCUUAACUGACUUUCCUAGCUAAAUAAAGUUUCAAUUAAAAUAACUCAUGAAUUCAAUUGAUCAAUCAAUUCUAGCCAUUAUCUUCUAAACAAUAACUUUAAUAAUAUCUAAAUGGAUUUGUUCCUAAAAUUAAUCAAUUAUACAUUGAGUAAUAAUAUCCAUGAGAUCAAGGCAAGAACUAUGUAUGCUAUCUUGUAACAACGGUUAAUGUAAUAACUUGAUUGUUAAUGAUAAAAUAGUGAAUUAUUAUAGUAAUAAUUUUCCAUUUCACGUUAUCAGGUGAGUAAUCAUUUAUGAAUAACGCAAUGACUUCAACUGAUCAUAUAAUAACACCUAAACCAAUGUUUUAAUGUGUUACUAUCCUAAUGUUAAUGCACAUACCACCCUCCACUAAUUGUCAACCGACACAAAUCUAGCGCAGCGGUAAUCAGUCUGGUAUUUUAUAGGCUUCACUUACUGGGCAUCAGACAAUACAACUACCUGGACUCUCGAAGAGGACGUUGUUCCAAGUGUCGCUGGGGUAGAGGUAGACGAUAACAGGAUUAUUGGUGAAUAGGGUGUUAAAUGUUUUGACUUUAAUAGAUCAGGUCAAAUCUUAUCCAGGAUCUUUCUGAAGUAAGAUUAACCCACAUCAGACAUUUAAACUUAAUGAAUUAAUAAAUCCUCUUAAGGCUAGGCAGAAUACUGCCCCCUUUGGAGGAAUUGCGUGCCCAUAGUAAA